CAAACAGAGGCAUUACGUACAGCAUACUCGCGCAAUGUGCACGCACAAAUGAUCAGAGACAAAAUGGGAUAAUCGUGUGAAUCGUCAGAGAUUUUCAUCGCUCACAAAAGCAGCAGGAGCAAGCAACCAACCAACCGAGGGGAGCGUUUUCUGUCAUUUACGUUUAUUUUUUAAUAUCCAUUCUCCACAGACACAGGCACAAAGGGCUUUGGGGAUAAUGGUGAUAAAAACGAUAUCACACUAUGAGCGUAGGACAACAGGAAUGCAUCGUCAUAAACACGACGGAAGCUUGUUCAAAGCUGCCAGCUUGAUUUGAAAAGCUUUUUCUUUUUCCUCGCCAAGGAGUGUUUUGUCCAUCCUGUGUGCUCAGGAGAACAGAUGCUGUCAUUGUGCUGGGGUCCGAGAUUUGUGCUCGUGAUAUUUCGCGAGCGGUAUCGUCGGAAUGUUACGCGAGAUGAGAACGUGCGUGUCUGUAUUGUUUCCGAGCGAAAUGAUCAAUAACGGUCAUUCUGACAGCGACGACAAUUUUGCAAAAGAUAGAUUGAGACUUUUAACGACAAUUCCUGGCAAAUCAUGAACAACGUGUUUUGUAAACAUUUGUAUUAAACGUUAUUGAAAUUCCCCCUAUUAUGAAUGGGAAUUGCCGAGUUUUUUUUACUUUCAUCAGAUUUGGCUAGCUUCGCGUAAUUUUCCACUUAGUUGGAAGUAGUUGACGGUGUUUUUCUGACCAAUUUGAUAUUUUCUCACACUAGUUUAAGUGAAUACGUUGAAUGCCAACAAUGGUGGAGCCUGUAGGAUUCAUUGAAGCGUGGAAAGCACAGUUUCCAGAAUCGGAGCCCCCCAAGAUGGAGCUGAGGUCUAUUGGGGGCAUCGAACAAGAACUGGAAAAGUGUAAAGCCUCUAUAAGACGAUUGGAAAUGGAGGUAAAUAAAGAGCGUUUCAGAAUGAUCUACCUUCAGACGCUGUUAGCAAAAGAGAGAAAGAGCUACGACAGACAGAGAUGGGGCUUUAGAAAGCCACCUCACAUGAAUGAAGGGGACCAACAAGCCAUGGGGCCCGAUUCUCAGCAUCUCCAUCCACAGGAGCACGGACAGGCAGAGCGCAGGUUUCAGCCUGUGGGGGAGACCAGAGCAAAACCACGACCUCCCCCUGCCAGGAAGUCAGCCUCCCACGGUGAUGGACUGGAGCUACAAUCAGCAUAUGAGGCGCACCAGGCAGGGCCAGGCAGUGAGGCGGAUGGGCUCUCGCCAUCCACACAGAGGGGCGUGGUCUCCCCUCGUAGGCCCCAUCCACCUCCUGACAAGGAACUGCCUUCAGAUCCAUCCUCCAAAGAUAAGCUGGGCAUGGGGCUCGGGGUGGCCGCCUUGCGUUCGAACUUUGAGAGGAUCAAACGGGCUAACUCGCACUCUGCCAGUGAUGGCAAGGGAAGCCAAGAGAAACCUUUUUAUACCAAUGUGGAGUUUCAUCAUGACAGGGGCCUAGUAAAAGUCAAUGACCGUGAGGUUUCAGACAAGAUCAGCUCUCUUGGCAACCAAGCCAUGCAGAUGGAACGGAAAAGAUCUCUGCAUUCACUGCCGGGCAACCUUGCGACGGUGGCGGGCGAUCUACGCACAAGACCUGUCUACAGGGGACGCUCUACAGAAAGCACCUGCGGGUAUGAUGCUGAGUAUGAGGAUGGAGAACCCAGCCCUCGGUAUUGUAGAGACAGUGCCGCAAGACCCAAUGGGGGUAAGCCACCACCGCCGCCGUGGCAACCAUCUGAAUUCCAGCCAUAUACCAGUGUUUACGUCGGAGGGUUGAUGUCAGAAAGUGGUGAUGGUAGGGUCACUAUGCGAGACCACGGAGGAAGCGAUGACCACCUCACCUGGCCGAGAAGGUCCUACUCACCUGGAAGUUUUGAGGAUGCCGGGGGUGGGGGAGGGGGGUACACGCCAGACUGCAGCUCUAAUGAAAACCUAACGUCCAGUGAGGAAGAUUUCUCUUCAGGACAAUCCAGUCAUGUGUCGCCCAGCCCUACGACAGCCUACCGUCGGCCCCUCAGAGAGAAGAGCCGCUCACCCUCUCAAAACUCCCAGAAUUCACAGCACUCGUUUGACAGCAGCAGCCCCCCCACACCACAGACUCAGAAAAGACACCGGCAGCAACAUGUUGUGGUGUCCGAGGCCACAAUUGUAGGCGUAAGGAAAACAGGACAAAUCUGGCCCCAUGAUGGAGACUCUAUUGCUUCCAGCAGGGCAUCCCAUGACAACAGUUACCAUGGAGAUCUAGAUGUACCAUUUACAAACACUCCACCAACCUACGGUUACGAUGCGGACCGAGCGGAAGAGCAACGUCGACACCAUGACAUCCUGCCCUACAUCGAUGACUCGCCCUCCUCCUCCCCUCACCUCAGCUCCAAGAGCCGAAGCAGCAGAGACACCCUUUCAUCCGGCUCGCUCGAGUCCUCCAAAUCUGCGGAGUUGGACCUGGAGAAGGGGCUGGAGAUGAGAAAGAGGGUGUUGUCUGGAAUCCUGGCCAGUGAAGAGACCUACCUCAGCCACCUGGAGGCGCUGUUACUGCCCAUGAAGCCCCUGAAAGCAGCGGCCACCACUUCGCAACCUGUCCUGACUGUUCAGCAGAUAGAAACCAUCUUCUUUAAAGUGCCUGAGCUUUACGAGAUACACAAAGAAUUCUACGAUGGUCUUUUACCCAGAGUGCAACAGUGGAGUCACCAUCAACGCGUAGGAGACCUUUUCCAAAAACAAGCGAGCCAGCUCGGAGUGUACAGGGCCUUUGUGGAUAAUUACGAACUCGCUGUGGAGACCGCCGAGAAAUGCUGUCAGGCAAACACGCAGUUCGCCGAAAUCUCUGAGAGUCUCAAGGUCAGGAGCAGCAAGGAGUGCAAGGACCUGACUGCCAAACACUCCCUGGAAACUCUGCUCUAUAAACCCGUGGACAGAGUGACCCGGAGUACACUUGUUUUACACGAUCUACUGAAACACACACCCUCCAGUCAUCCAGAUUACCCUCUGCUGCAAGACGCCCUCCGCAUCUCGCAGAACUUCCUGUCCAGCAUAAAUGAAGAGAGCACACCUCGCCGCCAGUCCAUGACCGUGAAAAAAGGAGAGAACCGUCAGUUGUUGAAGGAUGGCUUCAUGGUGGAACUGGUGGAAGGAGCAAGAAAACUACGCCAUGUUUUUCUCUUCACUGACCUCCUGCUCUGUGCCAAACUGAAGAAACAGAUUGGAGGGAAGAGCCAGCAGUACGACUGUAAGUGGUACAUUCCUCUUUCGGAUUUCACCUUCCAGACAGCGGAGGAGUCAGAGCCUGUACCUAUCCCACAAACCCCCGAUGAGGAGCUUGAUACCAUUAAGAUCAAGAUCUCAUCCCUCCGGAGCGAGAUCCAGCGAGAGAGGAGGGCCAACAAAGGGUCAAAGGUCAUGGAGAGACUGAGGAAGAAACUGUCCGAACAGGAAUCACAAUUGCUGCUAAACUCUCCUAACAUGCCCCUCAGAGUGCAUCAUCGCAGUGGAAAGAGCUACAUGUUUCUGAUCUCGUCAGACUUCGAGCGUGCCGAGUGGAAGGAGGUGAUCCGAGAACAGCAGAAGAAAUGUUUUAAGAGCUUUAGCCUGACAUCCAUAGAGCUUCAGAUGCUCACAAACUCUUGUGUCAAACUCCAGACGGUCCACAUCCCCCUCACCAUCAACAAAGAGGAGGAUGAAUCUACUGGACUGUAUGGAUUCCUGAAUGUAAUCGUCCAUUCUGCCUCUGGACUUAAACAGAGCUUAAAUCUGUAUUGCACAUUAGAGGUGGACUCCUUUGGCAUCUUUGUGAAUAAAGCCAAAACAAGAGUGUACAGAUACACCACAGAACCCAAGUGGAACGAGGAGUUUGAGAUCGAGUUGGAGGGCUCCCAGACAUUGCGUCUGCUGUGUUACGAGAAGAGCUACAACAAAGCUAAGAUGACCAAGGAGGACGGAGAGAGCACGGAUAGAAUAAUGGGCAAAGGACAGAUGGCGUUGGAUCCUCAGAUGCUCCAGGGAAAAGACUGGCAGAGAACAGUUAUUCCUAUGAACGGAAUCGAGGUGAAAAUAUCCAUGAAAUUCACCAGCCGGGAGUUCAGCCUGAAGAGGAUGCCAUCACGGAAACCCAUGGGUGUGUUUGGAAUAAACAUCUCCACAGUGACCAAACGCGAGCGCUCUAAAGUGCCAUACAUCGUCAGACAGUGUCUGGAGGAGAUCGAGAGAAGGGGAAUGGAGGAAGUGGGAAUCUACCGCGUCUCAGGUGUGGCCACUGACAUCCAGGCGCUCAAGACAGCUUUCGACACCAAUAAUAAGGACGUGUCGGUAAUGAUGAGCGAGAUGGAUGUGAACGCUAUCGCUGGAACUCUCAAGCUGUAUUUCCGGGAGCUCCCUGAGCCGCUGUUCACGGAUGAGCUCUAUCCGAACUUCGCAGGAGGCAUCGCUCUCUCAGACAGCGUGGCUAAAGAGAGCUGCAUGCUGAACCUCCUGCUAUCUCUACCAGAGCCAAACCUUGUCACCUUCCUCUUUCUGCUGGAUCAUCUUAAAAGGAUCGCAGAAAAGGAGAGUGUGAACAAGAUGUCGCUUCACAAUCUGGCAACUGUGUUUGGCCCCACCCUGCUACGACCCUCAGAGAAGGACAGCAAGAUCCCCACCAACCCCACACAACCCAUUACGAUGGGGGAUAGCUGGUCUUUGGAGGUCAUGUCACAGGUGCAAGUUUUGCUGUAUUUCCUCCAGUUGGAGACCAUCCCGACACCGGACAGUAAGAGACAGAGUAUCCUAUUUUCCACAGAGGUGUAAGAAAUAUUUCCUUUGUCACCCUCGUGGGAGUGAGGGAAAGAGCAAGCAUGCCCAUCCACCAGGUAUAAUGGACACUGGAAUGCACAACAGCGACACCUGGGUAAAAGUGUGUUGACUUUCACUCACUUUCAAGCGGUAGUCGCUAGGGGGCGCCACAGCCCUUUUAAACGCUGAGGAACUCGAAAUACUGAGCACAUCUUGAAUAUUGCAGAACCCUAAAUGUACCUUAAAAGAGCUUACCUUCCUCUCAACAUCAGUGUCAGUUCAGCACCUUUGCUCUUCAUGGUGUGAGUCCACAGAUCGUGUUUGAUUUUGGAUCCCUGAGCAUGCUUGUGUGUCCUGUACACAGGCCUUUAACUGUCAUUUCAGUUGGUGACAGGGAAUCCUCUCAGAUCCACUCCACUGUCUUUCCUGGAUUUCUUUGUCAUGUUUGUCUUACAUUGUGUGUCACCAUUGGUCACUUAUAAAACACAUUUUUUCUGUGCUGCUACAAUUCAGUAUUCAGCUCCAAACUGUUGCAUUUCGUGUCAGGAUUCAGUAGACACCCAGUGGUUCUUAUUGGAACCAUUGAAGAUAAAUAGGUAAAUACUCGAAAUGUUUCGUCAAUCAUUUAAAGGAUAUAAUUUAAUAAGAUUCUUGUGUAGAAGAUGCUGUUCGGUUCAGUUAUUGUCAGUGUUGAUGUGAUUUUAAUUUAAAAGUGAGGUAACAUUGAGAAACAAUCCAGUAGUAAUUGAUCCGAGUUCAAUCUCACAUAUAUUUUAUUUGUUUUGUACAUUAUUUGCCCUUACCUCUCUAUCAAGCAAUAUUUAAGGAUUCACUAUUGUGUUUAGACAUUUAAAAACAUAUUUCAUUUAUCUUUUUGGAGAUUUAGAUUUUUUUGUAUUUGUGAAAGAGAUCUACAGUAAUCUAUUUUUCUUUUAUCUGUUUUUAUGUAAUACAUAUAGAAUAAUUAUGAUUAUUUAUUUGGGGACUGAUAUCAACAUUGGUGUCUUUUCAAAAUAUGUCUGCAUUUAUCAAUAACUUGAUCCGUGUUAUGAAGUACUGUAUCUUCCAUACAUAUCCUGUUAUAUUUCCCCGUGUCUUUCAUUUUUUGAUCCGAAUCAUGGAUUCAUCAGAAAUGAUAUCGCAAGAAUACGUUUAGCACAGUAUGUAUGAAAGAUGUCAUUAAUAAUUUGAUGAUGCUAAAAAUAGCACACAAACAUGAGUGUUUCCCUGCUGUAUAUCUAGUGUUAAGAGAUGACCAAAUGGAGAGAUGCGUUUUAAAAAUCUUCCCUCUUCUCACAGUAACGUUGCUCUCUUGGUCUUAUUUUAAGACAUGAAGAAGAAACGCUGUAUAUAGCACAAACCGAGCAGGCGACACUAAUGUUGCUGUUACACUUGACUUAUGUCAGAUGUUUUGAUGAAGGAUGGGUUAUUUUCAGUAACAGUGCAGUACUGCAGUUUCCUGUUUGCAACAAUAACAGCUCCUGCUUAUACGUAUUGUGUUUUUGUAAAAUUUCUGUUAAUUCUGUAAAAAGUAAAAAUGAAUGCUCUUAAGUUGUUUUUAUUUUCAUUCCAAGAGGUGCUUUAGUUAUUUUAUUUAACAUGCAGGCAUGUUUAUUUCUUAAAAGCAUUUUUUUUAACAUUUGUUUUAUAUGUUUGAUAAGUGUUGUUUGACGCAAUAGUAAGAUGGAACCAAAUUCUGGCAACUCUAGGAGGAUUUUUUAAACUGUGUGCAGUAAAGUGCGUUUCCAUUAUCGCCAUGACAAUUGUUUGUUGUGUCUGGCUGAGUUUGUCUUAAACCUCCAUCGUCUGUACUAAAUGUAAAUGUCCUGCGUCUUACACCCAUCCCAACUCAAUACAACAAUCAUACAAAGUGUUAAAUCAUCAUUUUCAAGCAGGUUUGGAGAUUUCACUCACAUGUAACCCACUGUGGAACUGACAGAGCAUUUUCCUCUCUGCAGUAUAAACUCUUGGCAUAAAUCAAAGAAAGUAAAAAACUGUGAUCUAUUGCUUUUAGAAGGCAGGUAAGCUUAGGUGAUACAAAGCAUUCCCACUGUGUUCGUUUUAUUUCAUGUGCUUCUUUAGAUUGUUGAAUGUUACUGGGUUAUGAAUAUAUAAACAUGUUCCAGUUAUAUGGGAGUGAUGCGGCGCAUGAUAUUUCACAAGCUGUUUCUUUCAAACAAAAUUACAAAUACUGACAAAACAUUGUUUAUAGAACUCUUCUACAGAGCGUGAGACAUUUUCUUACGUGACCUGUCAUCAAAUUCUGGCUUAUGAUAAAUAAUUUGUGAUUAAGAGUGAUGUGCACUUAAGCCUGAAGUGUUGGAGAGACAUAAUUUGCAAACAUAAAUUUGUUCUGGUUCAUCCACAAAUGUAACAGGUAUUAAAAGCACUGCUAGAGGUCAUCUGUAUCAUCCAUUGUAGUGUUAUAACUGGUUAUGUUGAAAUCUUGCCUUUAACACAUUAAGAUAUGCUGGACAGCCACUGGGACAGGCUAUGGAUUCUUUCCCCUUUUCCAAGUUUUUGUCGCUAUUUAUUCUUGCUAAUAUUAUCUUAAUGUUCUGGUUAUAGGACUGUACAAAUAGAUACCGAUUUCUGCAGACUGAAACGUUUGGAAGGCAUUUGCGGCCUCUGUUUAUACACAAAUGUUGAAUAAAACCUGUAUAUGAA